CAAGCGUGUGAGCAUUGCAGGCCACUGCCCGGACGACCGUUGGUCGGCGGAUCGCUACGCUCAGUCAAUGCGCUACAUUCAUUCGUAUUGCGCGCCUCCAUUCAUAUUACGAACAAAAGAGUCUCAAAAUGAUUGUGUACCGCGCCGCGUGCAUCGUACUAUUGUGCGCCAUUGCUUCAGGGAACAAGUUACAUCCCCUUUCGGAAGAAUUUAUUAAUCAUAUUAACAGUAAGCAAAGUUUGUGGAAAGCUGGUAAGAAUUUCGCAAAAGAUAUAUCGCUAAAGUACAUAAAAAAUUUGAUGGGAGCCAGGCAAGAUGACUUUAUAACCACCUUAGAACAAAAAGAACACGACUACGACUUGAUAGCUAGUCUUCCAGAAAACUUUGAUCCAAGAGACAAGUGGCCGAACUGUCCCACUUUGAAUGAAAUCAGAGAUCAGGGAUCAUGUGGAAGUUGUUGGGCGUUUGGUGCAGUCGAGGCUAUGACUGACCGUGUCUGCACCUACUCUAAUGGGACAAAACAUUUCCAUUACUCCGCAGAAGAUCUCCUGAGCUGUUGCCCAGUGUGCGGUUUUGGGUGUAACGGUGGUAUUCCUACCUUAGCGUGGGAGUAUUGGAAACACUUCGGUAUCGUCUCUGGCGGGUCUUACAAUUCAAGUCAAGGAUGCAGACCAUACGAGAUCCCACCCUGUGAGCACCAUAUUCCAGGAAACAGGAUUCCUUGUAGUGGAGACACAAAGACACCAAAAUGCUAUAGAUCUUGCGAAGACGGUUACAACGUAGCUUACAAAAAAGACAAGCAUUACGGUAAGCACGUGUAUUCAGUUAAGAGAGACGAAGAGCACAUCAAAGCUGAAUUGUAUAAAUACGGUCCCGUGGAAGCAGCUUUCACCGUGUACUCUGAUUUAUUAUCCUACAAAAGCGGAGUUUACAAGCAUAUCGACGGAGAGGCUCUCGGAGGUCACGCAAUCAAAAUUUUAGGAUGGGGCGUGGAGAAGGGUAACAAAUAUUGGCUUAUUGCUAACUCGUGGAACGCAGACUGGGGCGAAAAUGGUUUUUUCAAAAUCCUCCGCGGCGAAGAUCAUUGUGGUAUUGAGAGCUCUAUUAUAGCCGGAGAACCUUUGUUAGAUUAACGGCUAUGUUUAGAUUUUUUUUAUUGAAUCAAUUUAGUUUAGUUUUUGUUGAAAAUACCUACUAUUUGUGUUGUGGCUAUAAUUAAUACAAUAUAAUUAUCAAUUACCCAGGCGAAAAUUUUAUUGUGUUUAUAUUUCAUUUCAAAAUUAAAUGUCUCAAAUGUGUAUGUGUUCA